UGAAGUUAAAAGCUGAAAAACCAAAAAUGGGCGAAUGUUAAAAGAUUUACAGUGAUCUUCUAUCGUCUCAUAAGAAAUAGAACGGGCUAGCUUUCCUCGGCGAGAGACAAUUGAGUUUACAUCGUGGGAACCAUGGCUUGGUGUGUAUCUACGUCGUUAAUCAUACUUGUGGCUGUUUUUUCGGCAUAUGUAACGGCGCAAGAUUCCUGUGCCGGACGAUGUGGAGACGUUCUCAACAAUGCCUUUUCUUGCCAGUGUAACAGUCAGUGUACCACAUAUGGCGACUGUUGUACAGACUUCAGCGUGUUCUGCCUGGAAGCCAACUGCCAAGGUAGAUGCGACCAGUCUGCUGACAUGAACAUGCCAUGCCAGUGUAACCCUUCGUGCACAACAUACAACGACUGUUGUAGUGAUUACCAGUCGACUUGUGUGAACGGAGGAGGUGGUGGAACGGGCCCGGCCCCUGGAGACCACCUCAGCGCUAUCAUAGAUGACAUCUGGGCGAGCGACACCAACAGAAUGAACGUCGGCUCUGAUAUUGUCAUCGAUCUCAACGGAAACACCAAAUUGUUUUCCUCCGUCAACGAAGCCUACUUUACACGUCCCACGUACGCCGCCUUCAUCAACCUCCUAGACAACUACGUGAGGACAAUCGGUCAGGCAGAGUCCCAGUCCGCCGCCGAGACGACGGAGAUAACCGCGUUUGUUGACCUUCUGUUGGCAACUGAGGCUGUAGACCUCGCUAAAAACUACCUUAUUUCACAAGGCAAAGUGACGAACGCCAACUUUCGCAGCAUUUUCUCAGAACUCUGGUUUAAUUUCUACGGCCGCUCUUCCGGCAGCUCCGUCCAGGACAGUUCUGGCUUCGAACAUGUCAUGGUAGGAGAAAUAAAGGGCAGCGCAGUGUCUGGGUUCCACAGCUGGAUCCAGUUUUACCUGCAGGAGAAGGCUAAUAACCUUGACUACACGUCCAUGGUUACACAAACAGAGCCAAACGUUAAAGGAGCAGCAUUCUUGUGGUACGGUGCAUCAAAGGGUAAAGGGUCCUUUUUCUUGGGGACAAGCCCAGAGUUUGAUCUUUCUGUGUACACUGUAUGCGCUCUAAUGUACCCGGACAGCCGGUGUAACUUCGUAUUGCAGGGCACCAGCCUGUCAAUACAAACAUGGGACAUAGCUCACAAAGCCGGAUACCAAAUAGGAUCCGCCUAUCCUGCCAUUUAAGCCAAUCAGAUGUAAGCAGCAGGAACAACCUGUCAUCAUUGGAUAGUUACUGCUUGUAGUAGCUGAUUAAAAUUGAAAAUUA